AUGUCUGUACCUAUUUCUGGCGCUAAGGAUGAUCGUUUGGAUGACAUCGUUCAUGAAGAUCGCAUCAAAUUUCAUGCUGCAAUAUACAAACUUCCUGUGCGACAGAUAGCAGAAUGGAUUAUGCAGAAAACUGAGACAUUAGACUCUUACAUUUAUGAGAUAGUUGUGAAACGUCUAAGUAAGACUGCCAAUGAAUUUGAUAGUCAAAAUAAAGAUAUAUUACGAAAAUGUAUACAGAAAUGCUUUCGUGAUGUCUUUAUACAAUAUUCGGGUAAUACUGAUCUCAAAAUUCUGAAAACUUUAUUGAAAGUUCAGAGGGAGUUGGAUGUCUCAGCGUAUCAGCAAUUUUUGUGGUUAUGCUCAUUACCGAAAGCUGUAAAAAAAAAGUGGACUUUAAUUUCUACAACGAUACCUGCACUGCAAUGUGAUGAGAUUUAUGUGAAUACUUUUGUUAAUCGUCUUAUUGAAUAUACAUGCAACGAUAUUGAAAAUAUACUGAUGGCUAGUUUAUGGGAGGCUUCAGCAUGUCAAUCAAAUGGCUGUCCAACAUCAGAUUGUGUACUGGCAUGGUCUAUUAGUGAUAAGAGUGAUUCCGAGACCUUCGCUCAUUUCAUAGCAGAUUGUUUGACUUCAUCAAAUCGAAUUCGACGUCAAAAUUGCUCACGAUUUUGGCUGACUAAAUUGAACUCUGGUAUCGAUAGUAAAUUCAUUAUGAAAAAAGCAGCUGCAGUCAUAUUGCAAAUGAUUUCAGAUGAAAAGCAAUAUGCUAAACAAACUAACUGCAGUUACGAAAUUACUAAGUGUGAACUGCGUCAAUUGAGUUACGUCGAUCAUUUCUAUGAUUCAAAUCCAGAAAAACUUGAUGAUGACAUAAUUUGGUUGCGCUUCGAUCGUCUCUUAUAUGCUUGGAUUUCCAUUCAAAAAUUUUUCAUUUGCAGUCUGGAUAAGAAUGAGUCCGAUUUAUUACAGAAAUGUUUAACUUCAUAUCAUUCAAUAUUACGCCUGGAAGCAUUUAAUUUAACAAACAAAUUAAUGAAAAAGAAAAUGCUCAGUCUUCCUCAUCAGUUUGGAAGUAGUUUCAAAUUUUUUGUGCUUCAAAAUUUGAAUACUAACGACAACAAUUUGCGUGGCAUUAUUUGCAAUCACAUUCGAACAUUGAGUGAUAAAGCACGUAAGCGCUUAGAAAAAGCUUUGGUGCAGGAACUUGAUGACAUUUGGUAUAAUAAGAGGGAAUCUCGUGAAAUCAGUUUUAUUUUUGAUCUUUUGAAGCAGUGUGGUUUUGACGGAUGGUUUGAUCAAUCGCAAGAAAUGUACACUCUAAUUGAUCAUGAUAAUGCAGAAAUAAGGUGGGGAACCUAUGCUACUAUUAUCUAUUCUAAUUCUACAUAUGAAUUAGUCAGUGAUAAAAAAUCAAAAUUUAUAACAUGUUUAUCGUCCCUACAAAGGAGUUCACAAAUUUUUCUUGUAGAAAAAUUCAUAGAAAUGCUCAGUAAUUCUACUACAAUUGGAUUAAGCGAAUUUGUGGUGUUAUUACUGCAGUUUAAGCAACCAAGGGAAAUUUUUGAUUUACUGGAGAUCUCAAAAACAUCUGAUUUAAAUGUUAUGAAAAUUAUAUUGAUCUCACUGUUGCAAAAUUCUACUUGUGAAUUAUCGUUUGAUCUUUCAUCCUUUGUGAACAUUUGUAUCGAAUCAAAUACUGAUUUCCUAUUACUCAGCGGAAGUGAGCAUAUUAGACAGUGCACAUCGCUACCCGAACUAUAUAAAAGAUUAUAUCCGUCGAUAGAAUAUUGUCCAACAUUGAUGAUAAGUAAGGAACAACGUAACGCAGUUGAUCAGUAUUCCCAAAUGUUGAAAGCAAUAAGUACCGGAAUUUCUAAAGGGCUACAGAAUAAUGUCUAUUUGAAAUUAUCAUGCACGCAAGUAAACUGUGAAUUGUUGGCAUGUAUUUCUGAAAGAAUAGGGCUGCAGAAUAUUAUCAUGAAUGCUUAUGAUUCGGUUUGGAAUGUACUGAUGCGCAGUCGUCAUAAAGGUGUGAUUGAUGAUUGUGCUAUAUACUUCAGUAGAAUAACCAAUUGCUGCAUUAAAAAUAAUAUGUUCAAUUUAGUUCAUCAGUACUUCAGUAAAACCAGAGAAUUAUUCUUGGAUAAAAAUUGUGUGACUCGUAAUUUGGCAUUUUGUUCAAUAUUCAAAAUAUUUCACGAGAUUAUUCCUACCAGUGUUACUGAUUUUCUCUUUGGGGAUGCUGCUGUGCACAUGACAUGGGUGGCUGUGCGACAAAUGAAAGUAUUGAAAACUCUGCUGUGUAUGACAUGCUUUGAUGUAACUUCUUUUGCUCGAACAAUUUUUAAGUCAACACUAGAAUCUUAUCGACAUGGUGAAUAUGUAGUACGAAGUACAGCGAGUCAUUGUUUUGCUGCUUUCGUCCACAAACUUGUAGAUGACGUAGAAAAUGGAAUGCCACUUUAUAUGUUUCUUUCGCUAUAUAAAUCUUUAUGGGAGGAAUACAUUCAACAAUUUGAACAGACAACAGUACAUGAUCCAGCUCUGAUAUUUUUGCUUUCGUUAUUGCAUACUCUACACUUUGUGAGCGUAUCAUUUUACUCUGAAAAUCAGUUGAAAAAUCUAAAAAAGAUAGUAAGGAAGCUCGUUUCACUACUCGUGGCUAACUCUGAUUUCCGAAUCAAUCGCCUGAUUGUAUCUUCUCUAUUAAAUUUAGUGCCUUACAGUCAUAAACUACUGGCUCGAAUAAAGUUUCGUAUUUUCAUGAGGAAAAUGUGGAGUAAUGCUCAAUUUUGCCAAGAAUUGUCACCCAAGACUGCUUUGCUACCUGUUUUUAUGCAAAAAAUUUCGAACUUCUUGCUCGAAAGACAAUUUUAUUGUUCUGAUCAAACCGAAGCACUACUGGUCGAAAUUGAAAAAUAUGCAUAUUCUUCAAAAGAACUGAAGCGACUACAUGCAGCCCAUGCACUAGUGCUCAUUAACAGUACUUUCACAUAUUUCAGAUUUAUUGCUUGUUGUCGUAAACUUUUACUUGAUGAAGUUGAGUGUAUUACGCGUGUUAUGUCUCGUCUAGCGAUUCCUUUUUCCAGCACUUCUGUUUCUGACGACUUAUUGUCUUACUCAUGGAAUCCAUCAAUAAAACUAAAGGUCAUUACUUACUGA